AUGUACAUGCAGCGCGAGGAUUCAAGAUUAUCCCUGGAAUUAAAGAAACUGUGCUCAGAAUUUUCCAGAACUGGGAAACUGAACACAACUGAAAGCAUCAACACAAGAGAUUCCAUCUUAGAACUGGAAGCAUUAACUUCAGUAGUACCAAACAUAAGAAUUCUCCAACUAUUGCUCCUGCUUAAGUACCUGAGCUCUACUUUUACACUGGCAGAAGUGCAAGCCACUGUACAAGGACCUGUGACUCAGCGAGGCAGCACACGAGUCAUUGAGACAUUCUAUCAAGCAGCCGAGCUUGUGAACGCUGCCUACAAAACAUCCAGAGGCAGGGGUAAAACCGCCGUGCACAAAGACUCCAUUCUUGCAAAUGACCUGCUUAGUUUUUUCAAACUUCCUGUGGCUGAGACUCGGAAUGCAGUGAGAGCAGCUGAGCUGAUGGAAACAACCAUUGAACUGAUUCGGCAGAUGGUUUACACCCAAGAGAAAAUAUUCAAGAAUGCAUCAGAUCUGCUCAGCACACUAGAUCUUCAGACGCUGGCCAAAAUAACAGGUUGUACCACUCAGCUACAAAUGGUCACCUGCUCCAGCUCCUGCCUAUUGGACAAAUAUCGAACUAUUUCUGGCAUCUGCAAUAACAGACAGCACACCCACUGGGGAGCAGCUAAUGUCCCAUAUGUUCGAUGGCUUCCUCCAGAGUACGAUGAUGGGUUUUCAGUUCCAAAAGGAUGGCGUGAGACUAAGGAAUAUAAUGGCUUCCAAUUACCGCUGGCCAGGAUGGUGUCUACAGCAAUCCUGCACACUGGCAACAGGAACAUUUCUCUGGACAGCAAUUAUGCCCAUAUAUUGGUGGAAUGGGGACAGUGGAUUGACCACGAUAUGGACCUGACGCCACAGAGUGCCAGUACAUCCUCCUUCAUCGACCGUAUUGAUUGCUCAUCAUCCUGCAGUAACAGAAGCCCAUGCUUCCCAAUACAGAUCCCAGAUGAUGAUCCACGUGCCUGUGAACGGGAGAAGUGCAUGCCGUUCUUCCGCUCAGCCCCAGCGUGUGGGAGUGGCGAAUCCGGAAUCCUCACAGGACAACUCCAUCCCAGGGAGCAACUGAACAGCAUCACUUCGUUUGUGGAUGCCAGCAUGGUGUACGGAAGUACAGAGAGCCUGGCAUGGAAACUGAGAAAUCAUACCAGUGGCCUUGGGUAUCUGGCCAUUAACCAGCAAUAUUCUGACAACGGCCUGUCCUACUUGCCCUUCAUGACCAAAAAGCUUCAGAAUCCCUGUGCACUGACAAGAGACCAAUCCCACAUUGGAAACAAGUCAGACAUUCCAUGUUUUCUGGCUGGGGAUUCCCGAGCAAAUGAACAUUUAGGGAUGCAAGCUCUACACACUAUCUUCUUACGUGAACAUAACAGGAUAGUGUUGGAACUACAUCAGCUAAAUCCACACUGGAGUGGUGAGAUUCUGUACCAGGAGGCACGAAAGAUCAUGGGAGCCUACCACCAGAUUAUAAACUGGAAGGAUUACGUACCCAAGAUUCUUGGUCCUGAAGCAACAAAGCAGCACUUACCUCCAUACAAGGGCUACGAUGAAACCAUUGACCCCCGGAUUUCCAAUGUGUUUGCUACAGCAGCAUUUCGUUUUGCUCAUGUUACCAUCCAUCCGAUACUCUUCCGACUGGACGAGAAUUACAGAGAGAAUCCUACCUACCCCAGCAUCUCUCUGCACAAGUCAUUUUUCUCUCCCUGGAGAAUUAUAGAAGAAGGAGGCAUUGACCCAAUCAUUCGAGGUGUUAUAUUAAACCCAGCCAAGCUUCAGACACAAACACAGAUGAUGCCGGAAGAGCUGACGGAGAAGCUGUUUAAGCCCAAGGAAUCCUUAGCAUUGGAUCUGGCAGCACUGAACCUGCAACGAGGAAGGGAUCAUGGGCUACCAAAUUAUAACGUUUGGAGACGGUUCUGUGGACUGCAGGAAGCCAGGAACGUCUCUGAAUUAACGCAGAUCUUUAACAGCACGUACUUAGCGAGAAAGCUCCUGUCAGUGUACAAGACACCCAAAAAUAUAGACGUGUGGAUUGGUGCAAUAGCAGAGCCACUACUGCCUACAGCUCGUGUUGGGGAGCUCUUGGCUUGUCUUCUUGGAAAACAGUUCCAAGUUCUGAGAGAUGGAGAUCGGUUUUGGUGGGAAAAUGAAGGCGUGUUUACCAGCCAGCAGAGAGAAGAGUUGAGUAAAGUCACUCUAUCCAGAAUCUUAUGUGACAACACCAGGAUUCAGAGAAUCCCCAAGGAUGUGUUUUCACGGAACCAAUAUCCCAAUGACUUUGUACUUUGUAACAGCUCUGCAAUUCCCUCACUCAGUUUGGCUCCUUGGAAAGAGGCCACAGAAACUGCUUGUGGGCCAGUCCCCACGGUGGAAAACGCACAUUUCUUCUUCUGCAAAACAUCAUUCCAUUUUGAAUGCAAUGCUGGAUUUAACCUUGUUGGGCCUCCAUCUAUAACCUGCAAUCCUUUGACUGGAACAUGGAGUUCUGCAGCACCCAAAUGUAAAGAAAACAACUCAAAGAGCUCCAGCCUUCUCAUCACGAUGCUCGGAACUGUCUGUGGCUGUGUUUUCAUUAUCCUACUGACAGUGACUGGUUUUCAGAGAUAUCAAAGAAGACACAAAGACACGAAUGAAACCAUAAUCAAAUGUGGAUUGUGUGUUAAAUAAUUUUCAUCAAAAAUGAUAUCUUGCAAGACAACAGCAUUGAACGUACACAGAUGAUAUUCAUAACCUAAGUCGCAGCAACUCCAUUGUCUAGGUUUCGUCAUUCUCUACAAAAGCCUCCAUUCAUUGAAUCCCCAUCUUUUUGAAGAUGCUCAAACAUGCAGACUAGAUGGCAUGAAAGCAUUUUUCCCCUUCUAAUUUCAUAUACUAAUCUUUGAAUGAGAGUCAAUGAUCCCAAUCCAACUCUUCCUCCACAUUUUCUCUCCUCUACCUCUCUAGGGUAUGCCUUGAGGAUGAAACCUUUGUGAAGUUCCCUACCACAAAUAACCAUGGAUCACUUCUGGCCACGAGUUUAAUGAUCAUGACAAGAACUCAGAUUUUGAAUCCUACAGUGAUCUUUCAGUUUUCUAAAGAUUUACACCAUCUUCAAAACAUGGGUCAAUAUUGUGAUAUAUCCCAAAUUUCAGCUCAACUGAAGUUUAAUAAUUUCAACACCAUCUAGAACAAAGAAUACCAAGUAACAGGCACUUAACUCUUCUUAAACUGCCACUGUGCAGAAAAAUAUGCAAGCUACAACAUAAACUUUGGCACCUUGUCAGGAUUUCUUUGACUUCCUCAAAUCCACAUAAAAACUGUGCUAUGGUAUCACCAAGUUCCUAAUUAUGUUCAUACACUGUCCAGACUUUGAACUGUAUCAUUCUUUCAUUGACAAUGUCUAAAUACUGAAAUUCCCUACAUGAUAAUACAGUUGAACUACAAGCACAAGCUCUGCAGCGAUGCAAAGAUAUGGCUUAAAGCACUCUCAAGAGUACCUAGGAAUUGGCAAUGCAUGCUGGAAGUUCCAGCAAUUCCCACAUCUCCUAAAUGUAAAAAGAUCAGCUAUGCUUGUGCAGCUAUUGACCAAUACAUGUAGAACGUGUCCUUGUUUCUGCUUCUGUAAAAUGCACAGUGACUCCACUGUACUGGAAUUUCUCUGUCUUUCAGUAAAGUGGUCAGGACUUUCCUUUCUCUAAAAAAAUUGUUUAUUUGCUGCAAAAUGCAUUGGAGUAAGAAGUAUAAACACGAGAAAGUCUGCAGAUGCUGGAAAUCCAACGCAAUGCAUACAUACACAAUGCUGGAGGAACUCAGCAGGUCAGACAGCAUCUAUGGAAAUGAAUGAACAGUCGCAUUUUCUUCAGUAAAGUAUGCUUGUAUUACAAGAAGCCUAUUGUUUCUGUGAAAUGUGUUCAGUUUUGAAGAAAUUUAUUUCUCUUUCUGUAAAGAGAUCUUGAACAUUUAUUUCUGUAGCUGAAAAAUACACAACGAAAUCUUAGCAAUCACUGCAAUUCUCAGUUACAGCUUUACACUCAUACUCAUGAAGUGAACAGAUAGUUCAAUUACCUUCUUAUUUUGUAAGCAUCCCUGCAGGCAGAAAAAAAGGAGUCCAUUUUAAACUUCUUAAAUAAUACCACAUAAAAUACACAAGGCUUUUUAAAGGUGAACAUGCAUACAGCUAGUAACUACAAAAGGCAAAUCACACAACACAGAAAGCAGAACUCAACAAUGUUGCUCAGUUUAUAACAACAAAAUUUCUCCCAGGUGUGUGUUCAUCACCUCAACUCUUCACUCCUCAUUGCUGUGAGUCACCUCAAUACACCGCCUUGAGCAAUAUCUUAAUUGAGUUCAGUUAAUUAUCACACACAAAGAGUAAAAGGAAUGAUAAACUGGUUGAAUUAUUUCAUGUUAAUAGGGACUUAAUAAUUAUGAUUCCAAUUUCCAUGUAAGCAGCUUGACAAUUAUUCUUCCUAAUGUCACUCCAUCAUUAGCAUUUGUAGAAGAGCAAUGACAUCAGUUUUAUGCACAGAACAAAUAGGAAAAUCUAAAUAAACUCAGAUCAAAUCAAACACCUUGUCAUUUUACAAUUAAAUUUAGGUUUGGCAAACCAUUAUAUAACUUCUUGUAU